AUGUUGAACCCUGGGCCGAGAUCGGCCUCCGCCGGCGACCAGAGAACGGAAAUCGGACGCCGUCGGCUAUCAGAGAGCAGGAGGAAGAACAACUUCGUUUUUUGCACCGCCGCAAAACUUCCGCACCACCGGAGAAUCGACAACCUUCCCAAUGCGGCCACCGGAGAACGACCACCCUCCGCGAAGCCAAGUCGACCACCAUCAACAUCUGAUUUAAGUGAUCCUCCGGAUCACUGUCGGCGACCAGAGAUCGGCCUCCGCCGGCGACCAGAGAGCGGAGAUCGGACGUCGCCGGCGACCAGAGAGCAGGAGGAUCUACCCAGAAUUACUGGGUUUCGAGUUAAUUGUGCUAUGUUUUUAUUUUUUAUGGCUUCUGCUGAAGUUGAUAUGUUAUCUCAUGUUUCUAGUUCAUCAGUUACUCAAUCAGUUGGAAUUAUUAUUAAUGAACCAUCAAGUUCUUCCGUUGGUACUCCUAGAGUGUUUAAUUCAUUGAGUCCUGGUGGUACUAGAGAAUGGAUUCCCUCUUGUUCCGAGGAGUUAAAACCUAUUGUCGGAAUGAAUUUUAAAGAUCCCGAGGAAGGUUUAUCCUUUUAUAAAGCUUAUGCUACUGCUUCAGGUUUCACUUCUAGAAAAAGUACUACUACAAGAAGAAAGAAGACUGGUGUAGUGGCGUUCCAGUAUGUUGUAUGUAAUAAAGAAGAUUUUAAGGCGUCUCGUAAGCCUGUUGUGGAAGCUGUUGAAGAUAAAUCAGACAAGGCUCGUUCUACACGAAGGCGAAUGCUUACUCGUGUUGGUUGUGGUGCUCAAAUGUGUAUGAAAAACAUUAAUGGAUCAUAUGUUGUGACAUACUUCAAAGAAGAACAUAAUCAUCCUCUAUACACUCCUGGUUGUGCCAAAUUUCAUAAGCAUGGGAGGAAAAUGAGUAUUUUGCAUAAGAAGAUUAUUAUUGAUAAUUCAAAGGUUAACAUUGGUCCAGUGAAGUCUUUUAGAAUAAUGAAGGAAUUAACUGGAUCAUAUGACAAUGUUGGUGCAUCUAAACAAGAUUUCAAAAAAUUUCAGAGAGAUUUGAAGGCAUUAAUUGAAGGAUGUGAUGCACAAAUGUUUAUCAAUAAUUUUCAGAAUAAAAAGUUAUUAUGGAGUGCGUUUUUUUAUGAUUAUGAGUUAGAUGAAGAAGAUCAACUCUGUAGAGCUUUUUGGGCAGAUCCUAUUUGUAGAAAGAAUUAUGCUCUUUUUGGAGAUAUGGUUUCAUUUGAUACUACCUUUUCAACAAAUAGGUACAAUAUGAUAUUUGGGCCGUUUACUGGAGUUGAUCACCAUAAAAAGUGUAUUACCUUUGCUGCUGCUCUUAUAUCUAAUGAGGAUAUAGUGUCUUUUGAGUGGGUUUUUAAAACAUUUGUGAAGGCAAUGGGAGGUAAUGAGCCUCUCUGUUUGAUUACUGAUGAAGAUCCUGCAAUGAAAGUUGCCUUUCCCAAAGUAUUUCGUUCUACAGAGCAUCGGUUUUGCAUGUGGCAUAUUAUGAAAAAGAUGCCUGAUAAAGUGUGUCGUGAUCUUCCACCAGAUUCUGACUUUCUACAAAAGAUUUGCAAAGCUGUUUGGAGUGAAGAGAUUGAACCGUCUGAGUUUGAAGAGAGGUGGGCUAAGGUUAUUAGUGAAUUUAUGUUGGAAAACCAUGACUGGUUGUUGCAAAUUUAUGAGAAGCGUGAAAUGUGGAUUCCGGCUUAUUUUAGGGAUUUAUUUUUGUGUGGUAUUAUGCGAACCACAUCAAGGUCAGAGAGUGAGAAUAACUUUUAUACUAAGUUCACUAAUCCACAUCUUACCCUUGUUGAGUUUUACAUGAGAUUCGAAAGUGCUUUGGAUGCUCAACGCCAUACUCAAGGUGAAAAUGAUAAUUCUUCUAAACAUAAACAUCCUGAAUGCAAAUCACGUUCUGCCAUAGAGAAAUUUGCUUCUGAAGUUUACACGACAACUGUUUUUUAUGAGUUUCAAGACGAGGUUGAAUCAGCUUUUUUCUCUUGUGGGCUUGAUAGUUUUAAGAAAGAAUUUGGAUUGGAUGUUUAUACUAUUGGUGAAGGUUGUCGUGUCCGUAAGUUUGAUGUUCUUUUUAAUGUUGAAACAUUUGAUACUAGUUGUUUAUGCAAGUCAUUUGAAAGGCAAGGGAUUCCUUGUAGGCAUAUGGUUUGGGUUUGGAAGGCAAAACAUAUUAAAAAAAUUCCCGAUGCUUAUGUGCUUAACCGGUGGAGUAUAAUGGCAUGUAAGAAGCCGAUUUUUGAUUUAGAAGGGAAUGAGUUGGAGCAAUGUGUUCAAGUUGUAGAUAGGAAGAUAUUGUUGAAUGAUUUGUGGAGUGAAAUUCAUUCUUGUGUGAGUUUGGCUCAAGGGAAUGAAUUGACACUAAGUGCUCUUGUGGAUAAUCUACGAUCAUUGAGGUUAGAUUUGGAAUCUCAAAGUAGUAUUGUUGAUGGAUUGAGUGGUAGUGUUUCUAGCAAAGCUCAAUAUAUUGAAUUGCUUAUUGGAGCUAGUGUUCCUAGUGAAAUUUUGACCAAACCGCCUAAAGUAUCAAAGAAUAAAGGAACCGGGGUUCAUGUUCAAGGUAGUGGAAGUGAUAAACGGUUGAAGAGUGAUAAAGAAAAAGCUAUUGAACAAAGUCAAAAGAAGAAGAGGUUGUGUAAAGGUUGUAAGAAGUUGGGUUACCAUGAUAUUCGUAAUUGUCCCGAAAAACAAAAGUAA